AUGGCAGCCUCACGCUCAGUCGCCAUUACCUAUGUACCCGCAGAUUGUGGGUCCGUUAUCCCAGGCAAAUCAAAAGCGCCGAAGGCCUUUGAGGAUGUGAAUAUUGUUGGAAGAUUACGAAUGGCUGGUCUGAGAAGCAUUUCAGAACAUAGACCGCUAGAGACACCUGCGACCUACAAGGCAACAACCUUUUCUCCUGGCGGGAUUCGCAACGAAGGUGUCAAUAUUGGAGUCUGCCACCGCGUCCAUGACAGCAUAGCGAAAAGUUUGGCCAGCCAUAUUAGUCCACCUCCGUUCCAGCUCAUUCUUGGUGGCGAGUGCUGCAUGUCCCCGGCAAUUUUGUCCGCCUUCUGGCACCAUGCUGGCUCUCAAUCUCCUCCCCAGCGCGUUGGCCUUCUCUAUAUCGAUGCCGAUACGGAUCUGGCUUCUCCGACCGAUCCACACUCCACGGGUAUUUUCGCGGGCAUGAACAUGACGCAUCUCAUCCGAUCUGAGGGUGCGCUGAAAGUCAUGGAGCAGUUCUCCCGUCCGUCAGGUGAGCCCGUCUGCGAUGCUUCCAACAUGGUCCUCUUCGGCACCAACAUGGCGAAUCCAGGCAACAAGCCAGAGCAUUUCGCCUUUCUCUCUGAAAAUGGUUACAAGGUUAUCAGCUCAACAUCGGUCGCACGGGAGCCAGAGAAACAUGCGAGAGAGGCGCUAAAAUAUCUUGAAGAGAAGGUUGAUGUUGUCAUGGUUCAUCUGGACGUAGAUUCCAUUGACCCGCGGAUGUUUCCCUUGGCGAACGUGCCGAACUUCACCGGAGUUGAGUUUGAGCAAAUGAUGAGGGCUUUGAAAGUAAUUACAACGAGCGAGAAGGUUGGCGGGCUAACGAUUGCGGAGGUCAACCCUGAUCAUGAUCCUGGACUGGAGAUGAUUAGCAGGCUGACAGAUGAAGUGGUCGCAAUGUUAGCAGUCAGGCAAUGA